AUGGACGACUAUCCCGCUGGGAGUCUGGACCAUAACCUCCCAUUGUUGGUGGUGUCAGGCCUCAGCACUGGGCCUACAAAACCACUGCUCACCGAUCCGGACCUCAAAGAGCAGAGCGUGCUCAUACGGUCAGAGCUUCCUCCGGUUGAGAGUCGCGAGGCUAAGGCGAUCUUGCAUUACAUCCAGGAGGCAGAUGCAACUGACCUGCCGUGGAAUGGACAAGACGCCUCCCGGAAGUACAAAUUCAAAGUGAAGACCAUAGGUAGAGACUUCCUCUUACCGCCUCGGCGCGCUCGACUGCCAGAAGACCUCGAGACGCCCUUGUCACCGCCCGUUCUACACUCGCCUUUCUCUCCUCUGAGUCCCGGCUCAUCUUUAUAUCCCGAUGGGCUCAUAGACGCACGCUGGCUGCACAAGCAUCAAUCACUCAUACCGAGUAUAUGCUUGUGCUUCUACAGCCUCACAUCCGACCCUACACUGGCAACAUUGCACGACAACCAGCUAAAGACAGAUAUCAACGCCUUGAAAAAUGCAAUCAGUCGCUCUGGCUACAAGUGCCGCUUGGUCGCAGUCAUCUUGAGUGACCGAACACCGGAUUCCAUGGGCGCCUUUCAAGAGAGACUGGAGAAUAUCAGGUGGGGCACUGGGUUGGAUCCCAAGACAUCGCUGUUUGUCUUGCCUACACGACGCUCUGAAGCAGAGUUGGAAGGCGCUGUGGACAGCAUAUUGACUGCUGUUUUUGUCCAAGCCAGUGAAUACUACCGUGAACUUGGUCGAAGGUCCCGCAAGAAGAAAGGCAGAGGUGUGGCGCCCCAACCUACCAUCCCACCCACCAGCGGCACUUCCCAUACCCUUACCCUUCAAGGCUGGAACGUCCGUUAUGAUUUCAAAGCAGGUGUCUUUGCCGAAUUUAGACAAGAAAUGGAUGUCGCAUUGCGUUCAUACGAGCAGGCCUAUGAGACCCUGCUAGGAAUGGAUGUAUUGGAGACGGUCCCAAGCUGGAGCCCAAGGUUCAACGAUGGCCGAUAUGUUGCGGAUAUACUGGCCAUCAGGGCGCUAAGGUGCUUGUUGUGGAACGGGCAAACCACUGCGGCUGUGCGUAGGUGGCAGAUGCAUCGACAGCGCAUGUCCGAUUUCCUUGAUCGCAGAGGUCGGGGAACGCAGAAUUAUGGUUGGCAAGCUUGGGAGGCGAGAUGGGCCGAGAUCAUGGCGAAUCUGAUCGAGAGAGCCCAAUUCCCUGAGCUAGACUCUUCGUCUCAGGCCUUGUUCCGGUCGCCAGAAAAAGCCUUGUCUGCUGAACGAUUACAACCCUGGGAGCUCUUGCACCACGCUGGUUAUUGGUACAAAACCGCUUCUCAGCACGCGCUGGACCGGAGGAAACUGGCGUAUGCAAUUCCUGAUGACUCCAGAAAACCGCCUGACCUAUCAGAGGUUUCCAAAUCUGCUGCCAAGGCCUAUAACGCGUUCGAUACGUACAUGUGUCCAGAGCCAUACGAAGAGUACCCCCUAGACGGCGAGGGCUUUGACCAUGCACGAUACAUUCUAAAAUAUCUCAAUGCUGCAAAAGCAGAAUUCCAAAAACGCCACCAAGUACGAUUGACCGCAGAGAUUGCGCUUGAUGCCGCCAAAGAACUGGAAUAUCUCAAGGAAUGGAAACAGAUUCUGGAACUACUCACGCCUAUGUGGCGAGAUUCAUCGUUCCGCAGAGAAGGAUGGCUAGGCGCGGCGGAGGCACUGGGUUGGACUCUCAGAAAAGCCGCUGCACGAGCUGGGCAGGCGGAUUUGGUCAUUGCAAUCGACUGGGAGCUUCUCAGCAAUAGUUUCUCGAGACAGCCCAAUUGGCAUUACGAUAUCACCCGGUCUCUUGACAAUAUGCAGAUCGAUAAACGCCCGGAGGUUUCAGUCAACGAUGAUCAUCUGACCUCGUUCCUCAAAGCAUCAUUUGUCUUCAAACAUGAUGAGGGCCGAGCAGGUCAAACUUGCCCAGCGCAGCUCGUCGUCACGUCCACUGCCUUUUCUGGGAGUGCGCCAAUCACUUUGCAAGAUAUCGCAGUGGCCUUUGGGGGUAGUGUGCGGAAUUUGCGCCUAACCCAUGAAGCAGGCACUGCCCAGCCACUAGUCAGGAACAAUAUCUCUCUCACCUCUGUCGUUCUCAAAGAGAUUGAGGCUCCAGAAGAUACCGGUGAUAGAGCAGAAUCUGGGUCGAGUACACCAACCAGUGGCAUGGUUAUACUCCAUGGAAAAGACGACUUGACACUGCGGCCAGGACAGUCAAGGGUAUUCGAAUUGAGCCUGCCAUUGAGAGAGGCUGGUGAAGCGAAUGCCGCGGUGAUAACCGCCACCAUCGCGCCGGAAAACUUCAAGCUCAGCUACUCCAUGAGAGUUCGUGAAGACAAUACUGUGGGCUUUUGGUAUACGAAUACUGGGAAGAGACGAGUCACAAAGAUCAAUCCCCACGUCAUCAAGGUUCUUCCAAGGCCGCCAAAGAUGCAACUCAGAUUUGUUGGCGUUCACAAGCAGUAUUAUGCUGGUGAGCCUAUCAAAGUGCAGAUCGACCUUGUCAACGAAGAAGAUGUGGAUGCAGUAUCGAAACUAGACGUUCAUCUAUAUGGUCAAGAGGUACCUUCUUUCACAGCCUCUGCCGGAGAUGAAACACUACAGUCGACCAGCCAACAUAGCGAGGAGGCAAAGCUCGAUGGUCUGCCUAUAGGUACCAUCGCCACAACAGAGUCAGCCAGGGCCAUAGUCACGAUCGAUCCUAUAAUCCGACCCACAGCCUACGACCUUACUAUCAAGGCAUGGUACAAUUUGAUAUCUGACCCAUCGACAUCUAUUGUACAAACGGUCACUUUCCAGGUCAAUGUUGUCAAUCCUUUCGAAGCCAGUUAUGAUCUAGUUCCAAGAUUACACAAAGAAUCAUGGCCAAGCAUUUUCGACCAUGAGAAUCUACAAGAGCAAGCUGAGGAUGAUGAGGACCACAAUCACCAAGCCACGGGUUUGGCACAAAAAUGGUGCCUGAUUACGCGCUUUGCUUCAUUUGCUACCGAGGACCUCUGCGUGCGGGAGCUCGAUCUUCAGGUAGUCAAAACUCAUGGUGGUGUGAAAUGUACCGUGUCCAAAGACCCGACACAUCUCAUUUCGGACUUGACAAUGAGUCCAAAGACAAUGGAAGAAGCACAAUUUGACAUUGUGGCGCAGAAAUUGACCCUCGACGAACGAGCUCCAUCAACUGCAGACUUGGCCUUCUCUAUCAAGUGGCACCGGUCAACUGCAGAAAACGACAGCGCCCCGAAUACAACCACGUUCCUCCUCGACCCCUUUUAUGUUACCGUUUCCGAGCCGCGUGUCUUAGCUAGCGUCUCUUACUCGGAGCCACCAGCGCCAAAGGACGGUGCUGACGCAUCUGAUAGAUCGCUACCCAUUAUCAUUCUUGAUAUUACUAUUGAGAACCCCUCGAACCAUUUCCUGACUUUCGGUCUGGCCAUGGAACCGUCAGAUGAGUUUGCUUUCAGUGGAUCCAAGAGUACAUCGCUGAAUGUUCUGCCACUCGCACGAAGAGCAGUGACAUACCGACUCCUGCCAUUGGUUGAGGGUGGACGGUGGAUAAAGCCGCAGCUGGUGGUGAGGGACAAGUACUUUCAAAAGGUCUUAAGAAUCAUACCAACGGAAGGGAUGAAACGGGAGGGUGAUGGCGUGGCCAUUUGGGUCCCGCGUAAUGUUGAUGUAUAA